UUUUGGAGAUACGAAGAGAUAAUUAUAUAGGCACACUCAGUGAUCAAUUAGCUAUACACUCAUAUAAUUUAUAUUGUAUUUCAUGACAACUACAACAUCACAAAUCCAAUCUGUCCACCAGCCGCACCACCAGCAGCACCAGCAACCCCAGACAACUCAACAACGUUCAACCAGCAAGGCUAGGAUGCUCGGUGACUACGUCUUAGGGAAGACUCUUGGUGCCGGUUCAAUGGGUAAAGUCAAGAUUGGUGUUCAUGUCACAACCGGCGAGAAGGUCGCGAUAAAGAUCAUUCCACGCUACACCUCCACAAACGCACUCAAUGCUAUCCCCCCACAUCAACCUAAGCCUACACAAUCUUUUAUCAAGAAAGCACACAAUAAGGACAUCUCAAAGGAAGUUAGAACAAUCAGAGAGGCGUCUAUAUGUUUAUUACUCUUCCAUCCUUUCAUUUGCGGUAUGCGUGAAAUGUCCGUCUACUCACAGCAUUACUACAUGCUGCACGAGUUCGUCAAUGGUGGUCAGAUGCUUGACUACAUCAUCGCUCAUGGUAGAUUGAAAGAAAGAUCAGCGAGAUCUUUCGCCAGACAGAUCGCCUCAGCUCUCGCUUAUUGCCACGCUAAUUCAAUCGUUCAUCGUGAUCUGAAAAUCGAGAAUAUUUUGAUUUCAAAAACCGGCAAUAUCAAAAUUAUUGAUUUUGGUUUGAGUAAUCUUUGGUCUCCUCAUUCAAAUCUCAACACUUUUUGUGGUUCACUUUAUUUUGCAGCUCCAGAAUUGUUGAAUGCCCGCGCUUAUUCGGGCCCUGAAGUUGAUGUUUGGAGUUUUGGUAUUGUUCUUUACGUUUUAGUAGCUGGAAAGGUGCCUUUUGAUGACCAAUCUAUGCCCGCUUUACACGCAAAAAUUAAACGUGGUCAUGUGGAUUAUCCUGCAUGGUUGAGUACAGAAUGUAAAUCAUUACUUUCAAGAAUGCUUGUAACGAAUCCACUUCUUAGAGCUUCUUUAAGCGAAGUGUCUAGUCACCCUUGGAUGGUUAAGGGUCACUCAGGUCCUCCUCAAACUCACCUUACGAAGAGAGAACCACUCAGACCUGACAUGACAUUCGACACUGAUGUUAUAAAAGGUAUGAAAGGUUUCGAAUUUGGAAAUUCCCACGAUAUUGAACGCAAGCUGCGCGAUCUAUUGAAUUCACCUGCUUAUCGGAAUGCGUUGGCUGAAUGGGAUAGGAAGAAUCUUAACGUUUAUCAUCGUUCAGAACCUGAUUUGAAUAGCAGCAAUUCAGGUCAUUUCGAUCUAAGCGCUCAAGUUCAGCAUACUCCACAUCACCAUCGUAGAUUUUCUCAACAGUUUUCGUCAAAGGUACAAUCUGAUGUUGAUAAGGAAUUACCACCUAGUUUAAGUGCUUCUCAAGCUCUUUCCUCUCAACAUGAUGCCAACAAUCAAAGAUCAUCCAGACUUUCUAAGCGAUUCUCUGGGUUGGACUUCUAUAAACGCAAGAUAACAGGAUCAUCAAUCGCAAAUGCUUUCACUUCUAUUAACGAUCAGCCACAAAUAAAUGAGAGAGAUCAGAAGUUUGAACCAACCAAAAUUUCCCUUGAUCCAACGCAGGGUUUCCAUCCACUUAUCUCUAUCUAUUACCUCGUCAGUGAAAAGAUCCAACGCGACAAAGCCUUCGGACCAGGCUUAUUCGCGUCAUCUCAAAUGUCUUUGGCGACUAUGGCAAAUCAACCCUCACAACCUGUCUCCAAUUUGGAUCAAAACCUCUAUGCGCAAUAUGAACGCAGCAGAGCACCACCCCCGGUACAACCUAUCCCAUUACCACAACCUGAAAAUGAAUACCCAGGAGUACGUAGAUCAACUUCUAAUGGCAGUAUGAUGCAACAGCCAGUAUCAAGACAACGUGUAAAUAGCAGCAGAUCAAGACCGCUUACGAUGGCAGACUUUAACCAGAAUGGUUCUGCAACAGUACAGAUGUCCAGAACACAAAGUCAGAGAAGACCCGAACUGAAUAGUCAGACUGUAGUAAGAUCGCCUUCAUCGCCUGCUAUGAACUCGAGACAAAGAUCAAGAGCCAAUCCAUUAGAUGUUGGUACAGUAACUCCGAUUCAGCCCCCACCAGCCAUGAGGGAUAAUAAAGAUUAUCCAUUACCACCGCCACAAGCAUCAGCACAUAAGAGAUCACAUUCCUUGAGCCAAAAACCUGAAAUGUCACCACCAUCACCAACCACAGCGGCUGCUAAUCCAAUGACGACGAUUAACGAACCAGAAUCAGCAACACAGUCGAAGGGACUUGCUAAAAGAUUUAACAGUAUCCUCCAUAGACAAACCACUCUUAAUGAAGGAAGCGAUAACAAUAAUCCUAGACAAAGAGUUAACUCUACCAAUUCGUACAAAGCGACAAACAGACUUAGUAUGUUGUCCAAAGGAUCUCAUCCUACUAAAGCUCAAGCUCACAAUGACGCUGUUAAUAAACUAGAAGGUAACAAUUCGCCAUCUAACCAUAGAAGAGCUCAUACGGUUGUUGAGAAAAAGCGUGAGCCGAAAGUGGACAUAAAUCACGAUAGAAACUACUCGACUGGUGAGCCAAAGACUGUGCAUACAGUUGGUAGAUACUCAGGUGUAGGACCAUGGGUACAAGCCAGCAAAAAGUCUACAGACGACAAGAACUCAACUUCAAGCCGUGACUCACCAGUACAAGAAAUUAGUCAGAAUUUGAAUGAAGAAUUCGACCCAGUGGAAGAACCAAAAGCCGUCUGGGGUAAGGGCUUGUUUUCAGUUGCGACAACGUCCACAAAAUCAUCAAAUACUUUGCGAUCUGAAAUUGGAUCGACUUUGUCAAAGUUGGGCGUUAGCUAUAGAUUGACUAGAAGCGGAUUUGAAUGUCUUCACCAACCAUCUAUUUCUGUUGGGGGUGUUGGUUCAAAACGUCUAGAAGGUAGUGGAGACUACACAGUCAAAGAUAUGAAAAGUGAUUCAAGUGAACACAUGAAAUUUGGCAAAUACGUGAAGAAAAAAUCUUCCAAGUUGUCAUUUAACAGUUCAAAGAAGGCUUCAAAUCACGAUAAUCUCGUAUUAGAUGAAGGUGGUGCCAAUUCAGGCAACCCUAAUGCCAGUUCAUCGAAGGUUAGAUUUGAAAUUAAUAUCGUUAGAGUACCACUUCUGCUCGGUAUAAAUGGAAUACAAUUCAGACGAAUAACGGGAAAUAGCUGGAGCUAUAAAGCCGUCGCCCAAAGAGUUUUAGGAGAGUUACAAUUAUGAAGGAAUUCGCUGUUUAAAUCAGUGUAGCAUAUACAGACACGCAAAGUUAUUAUUUUAUUAAGCUUUUAAGUUUCAAUUUCCAAUCUAAUGAAAUGUUAUGUUCAAUGUAUCUUGGAUACCUCAUUGUUUGUUUUAAAAUUUCAUGCUGUUAUACAAAUAAAUUAGUAUUAAAGGCUCUAUUCGUAGUCACCACCGGCGUCUCCAUCGUCGCCGCCAUCAUCCUCGUCUCCUUCACCGUUAUCGAAGUACUGAUUAGCGUAAUCAGCGUCAUCUUCACCAUCGUCAAUUUCCUCUUCCUCUUCAACUUCCUCGUCAUCGUCUUCUUCGAUGUUGUUCUCUGCAUUAUCCCAAUCAAUCUUCUUUCUCUCCCUUUUGGUUGUCUUCUUUACAGUCUUUACGCCAUCGAAUACCUGUCUAGGGAAAAAUUCAGGAUUCAUUAUAGCUUUCAAAGAUGAUAAAUGAUCCUGAUUUGUCACUAACGAUGGUUUUAUCUUGUAUUUAUCUGAAUAACGCUCUAUAUCAGUUCCACCGCCAGUCUUCUCUUCAUCCUCGGGGAGGUUAUACGCGCUGAGGCGAAUCCUCUCAUAGAAAUCGUUACUUGCGUUUGCAUAACUGAGCUCCUGCUCUGUUGGGGCUUGCAUGUACUUCAGCUUCGUCGUAGGGUAGAGCUCUGUAGCGUCCUUCCUCAUUAGUUGUAAAUCCUGGAAGGUUAAUCCCAUAGGCGGCAUAUUUGAGCCGCCAAAUCUGCCACC